CCCAGGACACGGAAAUCCUCAACACAGCCAUCCUGACGGGCAGGAUGGUGUCUGUGCCAGUCAAGGUGGUCGCAGUGCAGGAGGACGGGGCCGUGGUCGAUGUCUCGGACUCCACCGAGUGCAGAUCUGCUGAUGAAGACGUCGUGAAGGUUUCUGACAGCUGUGACUCCAUCUUCGUUAAUGGCAAGGAAAUGAAGAGCAAAGUGGAUACUAUUGUGAACUUCACUUAUCAGCAUUUUACCACCCAGCUGGAAGUGACAGUCUGGGUUCCCAGGCUCCCUCUGCAGAUCGAGAUCUCUGACACAGAGCUCAGCCAGAUCAAAGGCUGGAGGAUUCCUGUCACCUCCAACAAAAGGCCCACCCGUGACAGCGAGGAUGAAGAGGAUGACGAGAAGAAAGGCAAAGGCUGCACCCUGCAGUACCAGCACGCCUUGGUCAGGGUCCUGACUCAGUUUGUGGCCGAAUCCUCGGAGCUUGGAGGCCACCUGAGCUACCUGCUGGGCUCGGAGUGGCAGUUUGACAUCACCCACCUGGUGGCUGACUUCAUGAAGGUGGAGGAGCCCAAGGUUGCCAAGCUGCAGGAGGGCAGAGUGCUGGCUGGGCGAGAGCCAGGCAUCACCACGGUGCAGGUUCUGUCCCCUCUGUCGGAUUCCAUCCUGGCAGAGAAGACAGUGAUAGUUCUGGAUGACAGGGUGACCAUCACAGACCUGGGAGUGCAGCUGGUGUCAGGCUUGUCUGUGUCCUUACAAAGCAGCAAAGCAAACAAGAGAGCCAUGGUGGCCACCACCUCUGCCCACGACAUCCUGAGGACUCCCAAACAGGAGGCCGUGGUGAGCGCUUGGGUUCUGUUCAGUGACGGGUCAGUGACGCCCUUGGACAUCUACGACUCCAAGGACUUCUCCAUGUCCAUCAGCUCCCUGGAUGAGAUGGUGGUGUCCUCACACCACAGCCUGCAGUCCCUCUGGCCCGUGGUGGUGGCAGAAGGGGACGGCCAGGGGCCCCUGAUCAAAAUUGAGAUGGUCAUCAGCGAGCCCUGCCAGAAAACCAAGCGCAAGAGCGUCCUGGCAGUGGGGAAAGGAAACGUCAAAGUGAAGUUUGGUCAGAAAGAUUCCGACCAAAAAGGGAGCACCAACGACAUCGAGGAUGUGGAGAAAGAUUUCAAAAGCCAUGCCAGCAAUGCCAUAGAGAAAGCUGCAGAACAAGAGAGGACAGCACAAGACUGGUCCAAAAACCACGAGGACGUGUCCGGUCCCGAGGACAAUGCGAACAAAAGCACAACUUUGGUGUCUCCCAUUGAUCAGGAGUCCCUGGAGGAUGGCCAGCUUCAAAACAACCCCACUGCCUUCACAGGGUUCCCUACCCAAGUAGAAAUACCAGGGGAGAACAGUCCCAGUGAUCUCUCAUUGACUUCCAGAGGAUUGACAGACCUGGAGAUCGGCAUGUACGCGCUGCUCUGUGUUUUCUGCUUGGCAAUCUUGGUCUUUUUGAUUAACUGUGUGGCAUUUGCUUGGAAGUACAGGCACAAAAGGUUUGCUGUGAGUGAGCAAGGCAACAUCCCCCAUUCCCAUGACUGGGUCUGGCUUGGAAAUGAGGUGGAGCUCCUGGAAAACCCAGUGGACAUUUCGCUCCCGUCAGAGGAGUGCACUACCAUGAUUGACAGAGGGAUGCAGUUUGAAGAAAGCAACUUUCUCCUUAAUGGGAGUUCUCAGAAGACUCUUCAUAAUCAUAUCCUCAGAUCUUCUGAGUACCUUUGUGAAAAAGAAGUUAAAAGUGAACCUAUAAAUCCUUCUGGGCCAAAGCAGAAGCGAGUAAAGUUCACUUCAUACACAACAAUACUGCCAGAGGAUGGAGGCCCCUACACCAACUCAAUUCUAUUUGACAGUGAUGAUAAUAUUAAAUGGGUAUGCCAAGAUAUGAAUCUUGGUGAUUCCAAGGAACUUAGGGACUAUAUGGAAAGACUGCAAGACAAUAUGUAAAACUACUUUCUUAUGUUUGUAAUCACCUUUAUGCCUUCUGUUUAUGGAUGGUGGAGCAGUCAGUCCAGUCAGCAAUAGGAACAAGACAAGCCUGGAGGUACUGAGAUGAUAACCUGAUGUCAGAGAGCAGGUACAAGAGGCUGGCUGAGUUAAUCCUGUUUCACCACAAACCAGGAUGUGCCCCUAAAACAGCUCCCUGUAGGUGUUGGAGGUGUCACACACGAUGGCUGUUGUUGUUGUUGUGUACUGCCUGGUACGAGCAAAAUGCGAAUCCAACUGCGCUCAGACUCAGAGGAGACUCCAUUUGUUUGUCAUCUCCCAUGGUCAGUGGUAAAUGAGAAAAGAAAGGGAUGUUUGUUUGCAUUGAUUUUUUUUUUUCCUGGUCGUCGUCCUUUGUAAAGCACAGUGGACAUUUCUUGCUUACAGCCUGAGAGGAGGCUCACGGAAAAAGGGAUUGGAAUGAAUCUCACUUUAUUGCCUAUGUGCAAUGCAGCCAAGUAGUCUUAUUAUUUUUUACAGAUAUAAAAAAAAAACCCCAUGUGGUUAAUUUCU